AUGGAAAAGGAUCUUGUGGAGUUGCUCCAUGAGAACAAUUGUCCUCAAUAUAAGGGUCAGAAUGGAUGGUCCACCGAUGUUUGGAACAGAAUUACCCAGAAAUUCCAUGAGAAGCACCCGUAUGUGAGUUACACAAAGGGACAAAUACAAGACAAAGAAAAGGAGAUGAAAAGAGAAUACAAGAUGCUGAAGGAGGCUAGACAGCAGAGUGGGGUUUCAUGGAAUGAGAAACGAUGUAUGAUUGAAGCUGAUCAAGAGCUGUGGGACAACCUCAUCAUUUCAUUCCCUAAGAUUGGAAAGUUCCGUAGCAACAAGGCUUUUCCGCUUUUUGAUGCCUUGGGAGAGCUAUACGAUGGGCAGUUUGCAGAGGGAACUUACAACUUUACUUCCACUGAACCAACACAAGUGGAGUUCAAUCCCGAGGUCAGUUCUGUAGAGGCUACACAUUCCUAUCCUGAUGUAGAGACCACAAUGCAUGUUCUGGAUGAUACACAAGGAGGGAUGCAAGAGGUUAGUCUGCUGGACAACCUUGCUGGGAACAUUGCUAGGAACGAGGAGGCUCAACCCACGGUGUCUGCUGCACCAUCAACUAGCACUGAAAAUGAACCCAAGAAACGCCGGACAAUUGGAGAUGUUGCUGCUAUGAUGGAAAAAUACAUUGAGAUUAAGUCGAAGCAGAUCGAGAGUAAGCAGAUCGAGGCCGUGGAUGAGUACUCCAUCAAGAACUGUGUUGCUAGGCUGAACACAAUGGCGGUCUCACGAGAGGAGAAGGUCAAAGCCCUAAAAGUUUUUAAUAAUGCAGACAACCGUGAACUCUUCAUUUGCAUUGAUGCAGAUACUGCUCUGAUGUGGCUGCGAGAUGAAAUGGCUUAG